AACGGAAUAUGGGGUACCACACCUUCAAAGCCCCCACUCUUAAAGACACGCCCCUCGUUGUGCUGAGAAAACACCAUUUUCACAGCAACGGCGGGACUAGUUAGGCGAUAUCAUCCUAAAAAUGGACCCUACGGCCCAGUCUGCUGACAUCUCGUCCUCUCAAAACUCCGCCGCAGCGAUGAAAGAAUCCACGUUAUCAGCCCUAGAGCUGGUCUACUGGCGUGACCCCAAGAAGUCAGCGGUGGCGUUCGGCCUAUCCCUGGUGGUGCUGGUCUCCUUGGCGACAUUCAGCGUGAUCAGCGUAGUGUCCUAUCUGCUGCUGGCCUUCCUCUGCGUCUCCAUCACCUUCCGCAUCUACAAGUCUGUCAUCCAGGCCGUGCAGAAGUCUGAUGAUGGCCACCCCUUCAAGGCCCUAAUGGAGCGUGACAUCAGCGUCCCAGCGGAGACCUUCCGGAAGGGAGUGGAUGUGUCGCUGGCUUACGUGAACCGCUUCACCAGACAGGCACGCCGUCUCCUACUAGUGGAGGACCUUGUGGAUUCCCUCAAGUUGGCAGGUGUGAUGUGGCUGAUGACCUAUGUGGGAGCUGUCUUCAAUGGCAUCACCAUCCUCAUUUUGGCUGACAUCAUCUUUUUCAGCACACCUCUGAUAUAUGAGAAGAACAAGACCCAGAUUGAUCGAUACAUUGAUCUGAUUCGCUCCCGGGUGGAGGAGACCAUGGCCAAGCUUCAAGACAAGCUCCCAGGAGCCAUAAAGCGCACUAAAGCAGAGUGAUUCCUCAUCCCUCCACCCAUCCCCCCCAUCCUCUCCUCUUGCACUCCUCUCCAUCCCUUAAUUCCCCCCCUCCCCUCCAUCCCCCAUUCCUCCCCAUGCUUGUGAAACAGCAGAAUAUAAUACUAGUGAUCAACCCAUCCACCACUGGAAUCCUGUCAACCACCAGAACCAGUCUGAACCUGUUUGAACCGGUGUAACUCUGUCUGUAACUAGCCAGUAUAGUAUAGAGUGCAGCUCACCUGUGUCAUAGCAGCUCAGCACUACUGUCUCCCUGAUUACCCGUCUCUGUGUAUUUCUGUCUGUAUGUAUGUCUGUAUGUCUCUGUGUGUAUGGGUCUGUCUACCUGUCUGUGUGCGUCUCUCGUCUGUCUGUCUGCCCGCCUGCCUAGUCUGUCUGCCAGCUGCUACCUGGAUGGUGUGUAUGUACCGAGUGUGAAUACUGUUAGUCAUGGGCCCUGUUCAAGCAAUGUACACAUGCUCCCUCCAUCCCCUCCUCUCCUCUGAGCUAAUGUGACUGGGUGGGUGUUAGCCUGUGCUACCACACCUCUGCUACCUGUCCUGUCAUCACACCAUUACCUGGAGGACGGCGGGAGGAACGGAUGCAGUUGUCGAGCAUGCGAACUGGGCCCUGUGCGCGCGCGCGUCUGUCCACAUUUCAAGUGACCAGGCUACUGGGCCCGUGAGGUUCCACUACUGUUGCACCGCUCAAAGCAAACGUUUGUACUCAUCUGUUUAGUGUCUGUGCGUGGAGGAAAAACAAACAAAAACAAACACAAAAAAAUGACAACCAAUCUGUUGUGGUAGUUUAGUUGUAGUUUGUAAAAAAUUGUCUUGGAAAUAACGAUCAUUUUUAAUUUAUAUGUAUGAGAGAUGAAGUCUUGUGGUCGUUCUGUUGAUUUGAGGUGGAGCUUUUGUGCACUGAGGGUUUGGAAAACAGCUCAUCAACUUGAAAUAAAAGAGAAAGAAACCAUGA